UACGAGUGGAUGAACAACAGAGGGGAGAGGUUUAAAAUAUCCACUAGUGACGCUGCAAUUCAGUUAGAUCUAAUUGCCAAAGUGCAUGGAAUUUCAAGUGCUGAAGAUUACUUCAUGAAGUUGCCAGGUGCCUUAAAGGACAAACGGACAUAUGGGUCUCUUUUGAAUGCAUAUGUGCGCGCCAGAAUGAGAGACAAGGCUGAAUAUUUAAUUGAUCAAAUGAGAAAUAGAGAUUAUGCCAGCCAUGCCCUUCCGUUCAAUGUGAUGAUGACUCUCUACAUGAACCUAAAAGAUUAUGAUAAAGUUGACACAAUGGUUCAGGAGAUGAUGGAGAAAAAUAUACCAUUAGACAUAUAUACCUACAACAUCUGGUUAUCAUCCCGUGGAUCCCAAGGAUCUGCAGAAGAGAUGGAACAAGUUUUCGAACAGAUGAAGCUGGACAGGACCAUUAACCCCAACUGGACUACAUUCAGCACAAUGGCCACAAUAUACAUUAAGCAUGGGCAACUAGAAAAAGCCAAAGACUGUUUAAAGAACAUUGAGAGCAGAAUCACUGGUCGGGAUCGAAUGCCUUAUCAUUAUCUUAUUAGUCAUUAUGGUACUAUUGGUAACAAGGGGGAGGUUAACCGGAUGUGGAACCUUUACAAAUCAACUUUUCCCUAUGUUCCAAAUUUGGGAUACCAUGCUGUGAUCUCUUCUUUCAUUAGGCUGGGUGAUAUUGAAGUGGCAGAAAAGAUUUAUGAGGAAUGGCUGUCAAUUAAGAAUGCAUAUGACCCUAGAAUAGGAAAUCUACUGUUGGGUUUGUAUGUUAGGAAUGGAUUUUUGGAGAAAGCUGAGGCCUUCUUUAACCAAAUGGUUGAAGUGGGAGGAAAACCGAAUUCAAGCACAUGGGAGAUUUUGUCAGAAAGCCGUAUCAGAGAGGGUAUGAUUUCUGAGGCUUUGUCUUGCUUAAAAAAGGCCAUUUCAGCGGAGGGACCAAAGAACUGGAGACCAAAGCCUGUAAAUGUGUCUUCCAUUCUCAAGCUCUGCGAGCAAGAUGCUGAUAUGGUGAGUAAGGAGGAUUUGUUUGGGCUGUUGAGACAACUGGGCUGCCUUGAAGAUGAAGCUUAUAUGUCAUGUAUCCCCGGGUCUAAUGGGAUGGCCACUGGCAAUCAACUGCCAAUGGAAAAAGGUAGAACUGAUGAUGACGAUGGUGAUAAUGAUGAUGAGGAUGCUAAAAUGCUCCUCAACCAACUGCAAGGAAGCUUGUGAGGACUUGCUUCUUUCCACAUGCCAAGUAUCUAACAAAAUGAGCACAAUGCAUGGGGAGCUCUUUGCCUGAGUGGGAGUUUUACUUCUCAAAUGACUUCUCGUCAUUUUCUUGAGGUAAAUUAUCGACUGCUAUAGUUUCUGUGGCUCCAAAUGAUCGUCAGGGGGAUGAAAUCUGGAUUCUCGUUGUGGUCACAUCUUUCUGUGACUUGUGCUCAAUGAAGCUUGUAUUCUAUUUCCUCGUGUGAAUGAACCCAUAUCGCCUGUUCUUUGGCUUAUGCGAAUUUUUUAUACCAUCUUCAUUGCUUAUGGGCCAACUCCAACCCACAGAAGCUCAUGUGUUAUAGGUUUACUCACAGAACCGC